AUGGCAUCUUCUGUUCCAGGUCCAAUUCCAUUACCACAAUCAAGAUAUGAUUUAAGCACUUACUGGGGUCGUGUUAAACACUGUGCCGAGGUCAGUGAUCCAAGAAUGUUGCUUACUACAGAUGAACAGUUAGAAAAAGCAAAAAAAAUAGUAAAGGAUUAUAGAAACGGUAUUUUAAAACAAGCUACACCUGAUUUUUGGGAUGCCAAAAGAAAAUUAGAUUCCACCAUUCAUCCAGAUACCGGUGAAAAAGUUCUUCUACCAUUCCGUAUGUCAUGUUGUGUUUUAUCUAAUUUAGUUGUUUGUGCAGGUAUGAUGACACCUGGUUUAGGAACUGCAGGCACAAUUUUUUGGCAAUGGACUAACCAAUCCUUAAACGUUGCCAUAAACUCGGCAAAUGCAAACAAAUCUCACCCAAUGAGUACAAAAACGUUAUUGUUUAAUUAUGCGGUUGCUGUGUCUGCCUCUUGUUCUGUUGCUGUGGGUUUGAAGAGUUUGGUGCCGCAUUUACACAGAUUCAGUGCUAAUACCAAAUUGAUAUUGACUAGAUUGGUUCCAUUUGCUGCAGUUGUAUCAGCAGGUGUAGUCAAUGUUUUUCUAAUGAGAGGUGAAGAAAUAAGAAAGGGUAUUAAUGUGUUUGAUGAUAACGGUGACAAAGUUGGUGUAAGUAAGAUUGCUGCAAUUAAUGCUGUGGGGGAAACCGCAUUGAGUAGAGUCAUUAAUGCCACUCCUACCAUGGUUAUUCCACCAUUGUUAUUAGUUAGUUUGCAAAAAAAUAUUCUAAAAAAUAAAGGAUUGGCCAUUACUCAAUUAGCUAAUUUAGGUUUGAUUAGUUUUACUUCGUUUAUUGCAUUGCCCUUUGCAUUAGCUUUAUUCCCACAAUAUGAAGAUAUAAAACUAUCUCGUUUGGAGCCUGAAUUACAAGGUAAAAAAGAUAAAAAUGGUAAAUUAAUUGAGGUGGUGCAUUUUAAUAGAGGUAUGUAG